AAUGCAAGAGCAACAAGACGCCAAACGCGACGUGACCAAAUGUGACGAGACGCGUCGUACCGUCACCAUGGCAAUUAGACGCCGCUCGCGCAUACAUCCGAGUCCACCGCAAAGUUGGGCGUAUCGGCAGCUGUUCUCUACAUCGCUUACUGACCAUGACGACUACUGAUACCCUCUCACAAUCAAAACUGAACUUUGCGCGAAGCAUCAGAAUCGCAAUUGCGUUGGCUGCUCUCCGUUUCAAGCCUGCUAAGCAGUCGUAUGAAGCUUACGUUCUCGACCUUCGUUCAAAAUUCUCUCCCGACGAGACGCAGAGAAACGAGGAUUGGCGCGAGCGCGCGCUUACCCUCGAGCAAAGCUUGAAAGCAUUAGAGACGAAGUACGAGAAAGAACACGCAGAACUGCAAUGUAUGCGAGAGGCGCAAUCGGGUGCGAAGACAUCUGCGGAGUCUGCCGCAGCUGGCCAGAGCAAAUCAAAGAAGAAAAAAGCGAAGGGUCAAGUUGAUGCUCCAGUUUUACACCCGAAACCGGAGCUCAAGACCUUGCUAGGCGGAAUGAAUGCUAAGAUCAACCUCGCGAAGUUGUCUUCAACACCAGAUCUCCUAUCCACCUUCGAGACUCUUGAUAUGCUUGUAUCUAGUCGGUCUGGCGAGAGUUCUGCCUCUGCUAUCAUGGACGAAUCUCUGGCAACAUCGUUGAGACAUGCUGUCGACUCGCUUGGUAGUCUGCUCACAUCAUUACUUCCUCCAAACCCUGUUACUGCUGGUGCCGUCGAUGCUCUGGAUGCUGCUGCGACCUUGAUACACAGGCUACUCAUCGUAGCUCUCUCGCUGCUGGUCGGGACCCCUCAAAAGCAAAAGAUUAAAGCUACUUCGCGCUUUUCCAUCGUAGAGGACACCUUAAGGGUUCUAACGGAAACUAUCCUAGUCCCUGCAAUCCGAGCCUUCAGGCCUCUCUCUAGCGCACACUUAUCGGUGCUAUUGGCGCCUCGCGCGAAGAAGAAAGUUGCCACUAAGCUUCCGUCUGAUAUUCGCCCGGAUCUAUUCUCUCUCCUGGAUAGGACGAUUUCAGCUCUGGAGGAAUUCUCCAGCCUUGUGACUCGUCGGGCUGCUGUGAUAUUCACCAUUCGCACGGUCAAGCAAGUUGUUGCUUUAGAGACAGUCCGUGAAUUGCAAAGACUAUAUGCGGGCGAUCAUGCAUCAGGAUCCGACGCUAACAGCAAAUCCAAAUCCACGCUCCACGAUGCUCGCGUGUCUCAAACGUCGGAGCGCAUGGAGUCAUUGAUAAGAAAGGACACACUGUGGUACCUAUGCAAUGUUCUCCACCUGGUGCUACCGCUCGGCGCUGGCGCCUCGGUUCCGACGCCGCAACGCGACCAAGAUGAGCUCCUUGACGACGCCAUAUUCGGAGCGCUAUCGAGCGUAUUGAGGCGUACUCGGACAACAGCCCACUUCGAAGGUGGCACUGCGCCACCUGGGAACAUCAUCGACGAGGGAAGCAGGAGAGGGACCAUCGAACGCCCGACACCCGACAUGGGCGACGUGGAGCGUGGGGUGGUGCUUGCCCUUGCUGAAAGGGUCUGGCUCGGGAGAUGAAGGCAGCCAUUGAAGCAGAAGGACAGCGCAGCGCUCGUCGGUGAGCUGCAUCGCGGGCGUCGUGUCGUAACAGCGCGCCUGCGCUCGGAUUGUUGCGAACGACGGUACCUGUGGCCAUGGGCGUGCUCAUCUUAACUGUAUGCGGCUAGUAUGGAUGUAGUGCUAGGCAGGGUAUGAUUGCCGCUAUAUGUGC